AUGCGAUGGCAAGCUCCGCAGCCUCCUGUUAUCAACCGGACCACUAUCAUUCGUGCAACUCAUCAGCCGCCACUCUGUCCUCAAUCAGGCGCCGCUCAGCUUCCUAAAGUCUAUGGAUUUAAUUCCGACUUAGGUGACGAGGAUUGCUUAUACCUGAACGUCUUCGCGUCACCAAGUGCGCGGGAUCUCCCCGUUCUUGUCUGGAUUCAUGGUGGGGGCUAUGGUCUAUCUGGGGCGGUUCACGACCCAAGUGGAUGGAUCAACACUAAUGACGAUGGAUUUAUUUCAGUCAUGAUUCAAUAUCGGUUGGGCGCAUUUGGUUUCCUUUCUUCUGCAGAUGUGGCAGAAUACGGUCAAACAAACGUUGGCCUACUGGACAUGCGUCUCGCUCUUGAAUGGGUGCAGGCACACAUCUCUCAAUUUGGUGGAGAUCCACUUCGGGUCACGAUAGGCGGCGAGUCAGCUGGGGCAGGCGCAGCAAUUCUCCAAGCAAUGGCUUAUGGUGGCCGAGAAGACCAUUUAUUCAACAAUAUCAUCGCAUCAAGCCCCUACAUUGUGACUCAGUAUCGGUAUGACGACGAAGUGCCGACAAAAUAUUAUCGAGCAUUUGCAAGACGAGCAGGCUGCCUUGCUGGCGACAAAAGAGCUGACGCGCAGACAUUUGCGUGCUUGAGGAACGCCGACACCAACACCUUACAAAAUGCCAGCGGGGUUGUCUCGGCCUCGGGGGCCUGGGGAACCUUUGCUUUCUUGCCUGUUAUUGAUGGACAUUUCAUUCGAGACCUUCCAUCAAAGCAGCUUCUCGAAAAGCAAGUCAGCGGCAAACGCGUUCUGUCCGGUAAUAAUGCCAAUGACGGUAUUCCCCUGAGUCUUCCGUAUGUGGAGACCACUGCGGAUUUCAAGGCCUAUGUGAAAGACACGUUUCCGCGUUUCAUUGCCUCAGACGUAACUCGUUUAUUGAAGAUUUAUGGGUUCGCAUCGUCCUCUUCCGAUCCGUUUGGUCCUCUCUACGACACUCUUGGCGACCGUGGGCUCACCGCGGUGAAUCAGUCCGAGUUUGCGACCGGCUACCAGCAGACGGUGUUCAACAUUUUUGCUGAAACAUCCUUUGUCUGUCCUUCUUACUGGUUGGUGGAUGCUUUUUCCGGGAAUAACGCAAAAGAGAGUUGGAAGUACCAGUACUCGGUCACUCCGGCAUAUCACGGUGCAGACUUAACAGCUUAUUUCUCUGUAGAUACAGCAACACCAACAAAAGGCAUAAGGCAUGCUUUCCAGAAAAUGUUGGGAAGCUUCAUUAUCAAAGACUCUCCAGUGAUCUCUAUUCAGGACGCCAAGGGCAAUGCAAGUGACGCCAUCGUGCCUGAAAAUACCGAUGGACGUAUCCUUUGGCCGAUGUGGAACUCUUCUUCCCCAAUGAUGAUGGACUUGAAUACAACCGGAGGGAGCUUAUUGUACAGAAAUGUCACUGGACAUCUCGCUUAUUGGCUUCGUGAAGAUCCGGGGGUCGUCAAUCACCUCCGCCUAGCGAAUGCAAAUUUCUGGGAAGGGGGACGGGGUGAACGAUGUCGGUUUUGGAGGGAAGUCGGUCCGCGCGUACCUCAGUAA